UGAAGAAUGAAGAAAUUUUAAACACCUAGUUGUAGUUGAUUAAUUUCAAAGGCUAGUAGGAACUAGUUAAGUCUGCUCGACUAGAAAAAGUUAUCUAUGAGCCAGAACAUAUUUUUGAAACACAGCGUUUUGAUACCUUAAUAUUAACUAUGGUUUUCUUGAAAUGUUAGAAACAUAUUCCAUUAAGCCUAACCAAGAAUCCUUCGUAUAGUUAUCUUUUCUCUCGUUUACUUUUUAUUUUCAUCUUCGAGUAACAUGACAAUGCCAGAAAAUACUGGGUUUCUGUCGACAUACGGCACAGAGCAACAUUUACUCAUUGAAUACUUUUUUCGAUGAGUUUUUGUUUUCUUCGUUCUUCUUCAAAGAUAAUGGCAACAGAAUUGGUUAGGACUUUUCGUACUACUGAUUGACCCAUACUCUAAUGAGGAAAGUCAGAUUCGCUGACUCUACUUAAUACGCGAUCCUCUCGAUAUUUCCUACAAUCCAAUAAGCUUUAUAAUCCGUUGAAAUCCGUUCUCGAAAAAACUAUGGAAAUUUCAAUGUUCAUUUCUUAUGUUUCGUCUGUUUACAUGUGAUGACAUCCAAGGUGACUACGGCAUUAUAAUAUACUACUUAAUAUUACAUUUUGAGAGUCAGGUGAUGGAACGCGGGUAGUGGAUCCUUGAUUACUCCUUGAUUACUCCUUGAUUACUCCUUGAUUCCUUGACUCCUUAAUUACUCCUUGGACAAAGAAAAAAUUCGGGUAUAAAAAAGGGAUGUGAGAAGAAAAAUGUUUGCUUUAAACAAACAUCUUUUACCUUUCUUGAUUAUUUGAUAUCCGGCCGCCUUUCAAAAACGCUUGAAAAAAUGUCGAUUCAACAACUUGUCUUAGUUACUGGUGUCACAGGCUUCGUUGGAGCCCAUGUUGCUGUGUCUUUGCUCAAAAAAGGUUACCGUGUACGUGGUACCGUCCGUUCCAUGGAAAAGGCUAACGAGCUUGUCCGCUUAAAUCCCGAUCUCAAAGACAAGAUCGAGUUUGUCAUCGUCAAGGACAUUGUUGAACCCGAUGCGUUUAAGGAUGCUGUCAAGAACUGCGAUUAUAUCUGUCACGUUGCUUCUCCUUUUUUCUUUGACAAAGUAGAUAAUAAUAAGACUCAACUUUUGGACCCCGCUGUUAAAGGUACACUCAGUGCCUUGGAGGCUGCCAUGAAUGAGCCUAGGAUAAAGCGUGUAGUUAUUACUUCUUCCUUUGUUGCUAUGGCAGACUUCAGCAUCGAUCCAUAUACGGGUUAUAACUAUACUGAAAAGGACUGGAAUCCGGUUAGUUAUGAGGAGGCUGUAAGUACUAAGGAUGGUUUUGUUGCUUAUGCUGCCUCUAAAAAGUUUUCUGAAAAGGCAGCCCGCGAAUUCGUAAAAGAGAAACAAACUCAUUUCGAUAUCUGCACUGUUAACCCAAUCUUUGUGUUUGGACCACCCAUCCAUCCCAUGAACAGUAUGGAAUCUUUGAACACUUCUAACCUAAUUAUAUGGAACCUCAUUAAUGGUUCCAAGGUACAACCCGAUUUCCAACAAUUUCAAGUCGAUGUUCGUGACCUUGCCAAUGCCCAUAUCCUUGCUAUGACUAAACCGCAAUUGAGUAACGGCCGUUUGCUCUUAUCUCAAGGAAGCUUCACAACUGACGGUAUUUGCAAAAUUCUUCGUGAAAAAUUCCCUGACAGGAAGGAUGUCAUAUCUGAGCCAACUGAUGUCCCUUUUAACGAAAAGCAUUAUGUAUUGGAUAAUUCUUACUCCAAGUCCCUUGGUUUGCAAUACUACAGCGAAGAGCAAACCUAUGUUGACACUGCUUUGAUGCUUUGGGCCCGUGCUAAGCAAUUAGCUAAAGCCAAGCAACUUGCUUAAAGGUUGCAAUUUAGAAAUGUUUUGCUCUUCAUCAUUUAUCAUUUAGUUUUAGGGGUUCUAAGAACGUUUCUGCUUAAGAUUGUGAUAUUGUAAUUUGCAAAGUUAUAGUAUUGAAAUCUGCAAGUUUUCCUUAGAAUAAAAAAAAAAGACUGAUGCAUGCAUUAACAUUCUUCUGACUCGCCCAAUCUCUUCUUCUUUCCCUUUCCUUUAGAAAAAUAUAUAGCUAAAUAAAACAAUAUUAAAAUUGAAAGUUUCAG